AUGAGUGGUAAUGAUAUCAUAGGUCCAGGGAACAAAAAUAAGGAAGCUUACUCAGGAAAUUUGGGAAUUUGUAUUUUGGAAGAAUCACAGUGUUUUGCUUUUACGUUUCCUCGUAAAUCUGAUAAACAAAUAUCAUCAUCCAGUACAAAUACUACUACUAAUAAUCUUCGAACAACUGAAACAAGAGAUAGUUUACCAGGAAGUCUCAG